AUGGACUAUCUUCGCAGUUUUGGCUCUGCUGCGGUCUCGACUCUCGUGCAGAAAUCGGGGCUAAAUCUACCAUUCUCGUUGGGACCCAAGGUUUACUCUUGCGAGACAUUUUGGACCUUGUACGACGCUACGAAACGGGAAGAUGGCAGUCUGGUCUCGGUCUUUGAGUAUGAUCUCACUCACCCGCUCAAUAAAUCCACUAUACCUCUCGCCCGAAACUCCCUCCGAAAGCUGCGCACCAUACGACAUCCUGAUGUACUCAGAUUUAUCGAUGUCGUAGAGUCUGAUUCAGCUAUUUGCAUUAUGACCGAAAGAGUCCGCCCUCUUCCUCUCGCGUUAUCCAACUCGUCCUCCAAUGUUCCACGCGAGCGAGAGGACUGGCUUAUUUGGGGACUACACCGGAUUUCAGUAGCUCUUGCGUUUCUGAAUGACUCUGCUUCUUCCACCCACGGGAAUGUCCGUCCGAAUGCCAUCUUCAUCACCCCUUCAGGAGAGUGGAAGUUGGGAGGCUUUGAGGUGUUGAGUAAUCCAAAGGACGAUCUUUCUGUUAUAUAUACCAUGGGCGGCCUGAUGCCAGACGCUAUGGCUUGCGCGCCCCCAGAAGUCAAGAAGGAGGGCUGGUCCGUCCUCAGGGACGUCCCAAUAUCAGCUGCGGAUGCGUAUGCCCUCGGCCUGCUUUUACAUUCCGUCUUCAAUCCCACCCACCCUCCUCCACCAACUGCUCAGCCGCCUCAUCCACCACCUCAACCCUCUUCCAAAGGUGCCAUACCCUCGUCCGUCUUCCCCUCCUUCAAAAAGCUCCUCAACCCGAACCCCAAAUUACGGAUGUCACCUAAGAACCUCCUAGACAUCGGGAUGACAGAGUCAGAUGGGGAAGGUCAUGGAUUUUUCGUACAUAAUCGGCUCGUGAAGGUCUGCGCGGGACUAGACGGUUUUACUCUGAGUAGUGAAUCUGAUAAAGCAUCAUUGCUACGAACGCUGAAAGAAUCCGGUUCUUCCUUCCCCCCUGAAUUCGUCUCCUACCGCGUUCUCCCUUGCCUCGUCUCCGCGCUCGAGUUCGGUGGUGCCUCAGCAGCAACUAUCGUCCCUCUCGUCCUCCAAUUCGGCAAGAAUGUCGCGCCUGACGACUAUACCUCGGUCAUCGUUGCUCCUUUGGUCAAGCUAUUUGCCAGUGCUGACCGCGGCACACGUAUCGCGCUUCUCGAUAGUCUCCCCGACUUCGCUGAGAAGCUGGAUAAGAAGACUGUCGUCGAUAAGAUUUGGCCGAAUCUGCAAACUGGCUUCACUGAUACAGUUGCCGUCAUUCGAGAAGCCACCGUCCGUGCUGUCGUCCUACUGUCUCCCAAGCUAUCCGACCGCAUACUCAACAACGAACUACUUCGCCACCUUGCUCGCCUCCAAUCAGACCCAGAAGCUUCCAUCCGCACGAAUACCUGUAUCCUUAUCGGUCGCCUGGGUCCUUCACUCGGGUAUAACACCAAACGUAAAGUUCUCGUUCCUGCGUUCAGCAUGGCGCUCAAGGAUCAGUUUGUCCACGCUCGUGUGGCGGGAGUUAUGGCGUUCAUGGCAACUGCGGAGUGCUUCGAGGUGGAGGACGUGGCUGGCAGAGUUGUCCCCGCUGUUGUAGGGGCUACGCUGGAUAAGGAAAAGUUGGUCCGUGACCAGGCCUUCAAAGCCGUCGAGCUUUUUAUCAAACGUUUAGAAGCUCACGCUUCGACUAUGCCGGAAACAGCAUCCACAGAAGAGGGCGAGAACGAUCUACCCGCAAGGCUUCCGGGUGCAUUCACCCAGGCUGGCCUUGUGAAUUCAGCGACGGGCGCAGCAGCCGCUCUCACAGGGUGGGCUGUAUCGUCCCUUGGUAAAAAGGUGAGUUUGAUUUCCCCCCUUGAGAUUGAUGACUUAGAAAGAUACGCUCAGCUUGCCCCUGCCGAUUUGCAAACAACAAUGACAAGUACUAUUGACGGAUCGACAUCAGCACCAACUAUCAAUGGCCACAAUAGUCCUCUAUUUCGUCCCCCUGCCUCAUCUGCUUCUCCCUCAGGGAAUCCAUCAAGAGGCAAAGGUCUACAGCUGGGUGGAAAUAAGGCCCCGCCUUCAGCGCUCGCUGCACAGCUCGCUGAAGAGGCCGCUAACGAGACAGGGCAAGGCAGUAAUCGUUUGUGGAACGACGAUUUAAUCGAUAUCAACGCUGAUGAAGGAGAUUGGAGCGCGUUUGAGAGCGCUCCAGCUAUUAUAGAACCAAAGCCCAUGUCUGCAACCAAUGGUCUAGGAUUUGGCAUAUCAUUACGAGCCAGUCCAUCGUACCAGCAUUCUCCCCUGCUUCAAGCGCUAGAUCGACACCCGUAUCAUCCCCUCGACCCUCUUCCAAAUACUGCUGACUCCGCGCAGCCUACCAACAUGGCUGGUUUGUCUAAGGAGGAGAAGGCAGCAGAGAUGGCGAGGAGGAAGGAGGAGAGGCGUUUGCGGAUUGAGAAGCUAAAGGAACAGAAAAAGAAUGCUGCUGCCGCUGGCAAGGCUUGA